CACACACUCACAUGCAGAGCUGACAGUGCGGCCACUCACCAUGGGGAAACCUUCCAAUAAGGAGGGGAGAAGGACUCUGCUGCGAGACGAUCAGAGAGACCUGUCAGCGCAGCACUGAUAGCUACAGCCCUGGUGUGGUCACAGGCUGGCUGCCAAAGAGUGACCAAAUACAAACAUUUUUCCCCAAAGCUGAAGGUGCAGGAAAACCUGAGUCUGACUAGGAAAAAACUUUCCCUUAAAAAUCAGUCUCUGGUAUUGCUGACACACUCGUUAUAAAAAGCCCUUGGUUUGGGGCAGAUGGGUCACCUCAUAUUAAACAUACCGUAACCUCGUGAUGGAGUCCGACGGCCUAUCCCCAGACCGCUACUCACGUGUCAUUCAGCAACUGCGACAAAUCCGUGCGGAUCUCAUCCUCCUGACUGAGAAAUAUGUUGAGACACAUGGAUUUAACAACAUGAACUUUGAUCCGCCUGGGGGGAGUGCAACCAUGGGGUCCGGCAGCUGGGCGGAGAUGGCCACAGAGGAGCGGUUAUUGGCUAACAUCUCUGCCUACAUGGUCCUAGAGAAACAGCUAAUGCAAGUGAUAGCAGAGCAAGGCGAGAGCCUGCUGGAAGAAGAGAGUGAUCUGCACGAGGGUCUCCGGGGCAUGCUGAUGAAAGUGUCAGCCCUGAGGGCACAGCUGGAGCACCUUGGGGGAACCAUGGGCCUAAAGGAGUGCGCCGGGGACACAGAUGAGGUAGACAGACCAUCGGGAAGUGUGUUUGAAAUGAAGGUCAGAGGUUAUCACCUUCUGAAUGAGCUGUCGGUCUGGGCAGUGAGGAGCUUGAGGGAUCUGCGGAAGUUGCAGAGAGAGAGAGAGAAGUUGGUCAGCCAGGCCGAGGCAUCGGCUGAGAGCAGUGAGCUAUGAGACGUAGAGAGAGCGCAGGCACAGGGUAGGGAAGAUAGGCAGAAGGAAUCAGGAACGUUUAAGGCAUAGAUAGGUUGGUCACAUGAGUUCAAUCCUAGAACUUGAAACUUAAAUAGGAGACACAUAAUAAUACUAAUCUGUGCUGCACACUGUAGUAUGAGGAUAUUAUACUCUUAAUUUAACCCAGCUAAACCAGACACAAUAAUUACAGGUAGUAAACAAAAGGAAAAAGCAAUAUACAGUAAAGUUGCAAAGGCAAUUGCGCCACCACAUGCACGCAGUACAGCCUGUAUGCCAUAUGGCACUCUGCAGGAGGUUUUGUGGCACCAUUCUUCCACCAGAAAAUCACUGCAUGUGCCUGUGCAAUGAUGGUGGAGGAAGAGCGUUUCCUUAGACUACUACCGGAAGGUCUCAUAACUACUGAAGUAGAGUCAAAUCUGGUGACUUACAAGGCCAUGGCAUAUGGUUAACAUCAGCGUAAUGGUCAUUAGUCCAUUGAACAACCAAACAUGCUUUGUUUGUGGAACUGUUGACAUCCUGGAGGACACCCGUCCAACCAGGAAAGAUGCACUGAAACACAAGGUGAAGAUGGUCUCUCACUACCAUUUCGUAAUAAUAAACAUUGAACUUGUCUUUCAAGGGAAUCAGUGCACCCAACCGGGCCAGAAAAAUGUGCUCUACAACCUAAUGGAACCACUAGAAUCCUUCACUGUUGGAAACAAUGGGUGGAGGUUUUCUUAAUGCACCAUAACCCGACCAUGAUGUCCUCUCCAGUAGUAUUUUUGUUGGCGUGUUUGAUGACACCGGCUUCUUGCACCACACCUUGACAUUUUCAGCCGGUUGAUAUGCAUCGGCUGGCCUCUUUUGCAGUGCACUACAAAUUAACGCUGGGUUAUCAGAAUCCUGGGAUACUUGUUUCUCCCCAAUGUUGGUUUCUUGCUUGUGACGUUUAUCCCUUGGAGUUCCAUGCUGACGUCACCUGUAAUACAUUAGUAAGCGCAGCUGUCUUGGUCACGGAAGCUAACACGAAACGCGCACCAACAAUCACCCCUCUUUAAAAUGCACUGUGGUCUUUUCUUGAAGCCAUGCUAGGCAUAUCUUGUAUAGGUUGUAAGCUUGCGAGCAGGGCCACCUUACCCCUUUGUCUGUUUAUUAUUUCCCAGUUUUGUUUCAUUACUGUGCUUGUUCUCAGUUGUAAAGUACUGCAAAAUAUGCUGAUGCUAUAUAUAUAUAUUAUACAUAGUAAUAGUAGUAAUUAUAAGCAACCAGGUGAGCUCAGCAUAUUUACACCUGACCAUGACCAAACUGAGAAUUGAUUUGCUUAAUUAAUACAUAAGCCACACUUGUUUGGAAGCAACUGCUUUUAAUUUGCUUGGUGAUCCCCAUAUGUUGCAAUUUUGUUUCGUCCACUAUCUCUGAUUGAUAAAGGAACACAAUGCUGGGCUUAACCCUUAAGGCCAGUACUCACUGGCCGAUGUCAGAGAGAUGUGUGCUGAGCGAACCGCUCAGCACACAUCUCUCCCGGCGCUCAGCACAGCGCGAUGUGUGCUGAGCGUGCGGGGUGAGACGUGGGGGCCGCUCACUUCACCCAGCGGGUGAAGUGAACGACCCGCUAGAUUGGCCUGCAUGCAGGCCAAUCUAGCAGCAGCGAUAGCGAUGCGCGGGGCUGCGCAUCGCUAUCGCUGUGGGGGCUACACACGGAGCGAUCGUGCUUAAAAUCUAAGCAAUCUAGUCAGAUUGCUUAGAUUUUAAGCAGCGAUCGCUCCGUGAGUACCCCCCUUUACUUAGUCACUGUAUGAAAAAUAUAGUAAAUAUUUAAUGCCAUGCAUCAUCUUGCAUUAUCUAUAUUACUACAUUAUUUAUUAAUAUGUAUUAUCUAAAUUACUAUACUAUUUAUUAUUGAAGUAUUUUAUUAACAUCUGGCCUAUAGAACAUUAAUAACAAUAGACAGUCCAUACUCUUGGGCAUUGUUUACGUCUAAUGUUGCCUUUCUAACCAUUACCAAUUGGAAGAAAAUACGGGCUGAGGGAACAUGAUUGGCAGGCGUAAGUUAUCUGGCCAGUAAUAUGUCUGCAGAUUGCCUAAGCAGUAAUUUUGUGCAAAAAUGUUAUAUGGGAAAUGGUUGUAUAUAUUGUUUUCUACCCUCAAGCAGGGCUGUAGUUGCAGAGGCUAAUUUAUCUAUGGUGGGGUACUUCAAAACCCAACAAAGAGAGCAAUCGAUAAUUUUCUUGUAUUUAUUAUUUUUUUAUUUCAAUUGAAGAGGCUGGCUGUAUUACUUUUCACAAAUGCAUACUGUUAUGGCAUAACAGCUGAUUAAACAUG